AGCAAGCGUUUUUAUGAUUUCGAUCAACACGUGGUAGCCAUCUUGAAUUUGAACAGCCGGUCACUUCUUGCAUAAUUUAUAAACAUGGAUCCAAAAAACGUUAAAGACUUCGCAGAAAGGUUAAAAAAGACGGGCCGAGGCGCGGGAAUUGGUGGUGGAGCUCUUGCAGUAGCAGCCGGUGUCGCAUACGCACUGUCAAAGUCGUUUUACACAGUGGAUGGUGGUCACAGAGCCAUUAUCUUCAGUCGGCUUGGAGGAGUUCAAAAAGAAAUUUACAGAGAAGGAUUACACUUUAGAGUUCCUUGGUUCCAGUGGCCAAUUAUUUAUGAUAUACGAUCAAAACCCAGAAAGAUCACAUCUAUAUCAGGCAGUAAAGACUUGCAGAUGGUAAACCUGUCCCUCCGUGUGUUGGCGCGGCCUGAUGAACGCCUCCUGCCUGAGAUGUACCAGGAGCUGGGUCUGGACUAUGAUGAGAGAGUGCUGCCUUCCAUCUGUAACGAGGUGUUGAAAAGCGUCGUGGCCAAGUUCAACGCCUCUCAGCUCAUCACGAUGCGUCAGCAGGUGAGCCUCAUGAUCCGUAACGACCUGGUUGAGCGGGCGCGAGACUUCCACAUUGUGCUGGAUGAUGUCUCCAUUACCGACCUCACCUUCAGUAAAGAGUAUUCCACUGCUGUAGAGUCAAAACAGGUAGCCCAACAAGACGCUCAGCGAGCCACGUUCUAUGUAGACAAGGCAAAGCAGGAGAAGCAACAGAACAUUGUCAAGGCCCAAGGAGAGGCACAGGCUGCCAAACUCAUAGGCAGAGCCAUGGGUCUCAAUCCUGGAUACCUGAAGCUGAGAAAAAUCAGAGCUGCACAAAAUAUUGCACGAACCAUUGCACAAUCCAAUAACCGUGUGUACUUGAAUGCCGAGACGUUGAUGUUGAACAUACAAGAUGAAGAGUUUGACAGAUCCAGCGAGAGACUCUCUAGUGCAGACAGGAAACGAUAGUGGGUACGAGAAAACAGGAAUGUCUCAAUUACCAAUGAUGUAGGAAGAACUGACCAGUGACCCAUCGCCAAGUGACCGUGUCUAGAAUUGACAGACAUUGUUGUGAUGUAUCUGACCAGUGAAACGGUCUUGGGUGAAAAUAUUCAUGUUAUUGAAAUUAAUUAAAUAGCUAAGCUAUGUUUUUUAUAAUAAGUUGAACUUUUUAUACUUCAUUUCCAUUAAAGUAACUAAAGUAAAGCUAUGGGAAAAAAAUGAUCGAAGGCCUGAACCACUUGAUUAAAGAAUUAAGAAGUCGUCUGGUUAACAAGUAAUAACAUUUUAGAUGUGUUUUUAGUUUAAACAUAAUUAAUUUAAAUGUGACAAGGUUGUUACAUGGAUUGAUGCUUGAAAAUUUACAUUUUAUAAAUGCAAGUAUAUUUUCUAUUCUUGCAAUACAGAUUUCAAACACUAAAAUAUGUGUACUUGUUAUAGAUACAGUGAGAUAUAUGAUUGUAAUAAAAGUUAUGUAACAUA